AUGUUACAGUCUCUCACAAGCAAUUCGUGUGUGCGACUGAUCCAGAGCAACAAAUCGGCAUGGUAUUUCUUAUUUUUGGUGUUGGGAUAUAUUUUAUAUCUCAUAUUCGGUGCUGUCGUAUUUUCCUCGGUGGAGCUGCCGUAUGAAGACCUCUUGCGCCAGGAACUCAGAACCAUCAAAAGACAGUUCCUUCAAGAUAACGAAUGUUUAUCAGAGGAACGCCUUGAAGAAUUCUUAGCCAAAGCAUUGGAGGCCAGUAACUAUGGAGUGUCCAUCCUCAACAACGCUUCAGCAAACUGGAAUUGGGAUUUCACCUCAGCGCUGUUUUUCGCCAGCACCGUGUUAUCAACGACAGGAUACGGUCAUACAGCCCCACUGUCCGACGGUGGGAAGGCCUUCUGCAUCAUCUACUCUGUGAUUGGCAUUCCAUUCACCCUCCUCUUCCUCACGGCCGUGGUUCAGAGGAUCAUGGUCUUCAGUACUCGGCGACCCAUAAUGUAUGUGCACACACGCUGGGGUCUAUCCAAGCCCAUGGUGGCCAUCGUCCACGCCUGCCUGCUGGCCUCCGUUGCGGUGUCCUGCUUCUUCCUCAUCCCCGCUGCUAUUUUCUCUGCUCUGGAGGAAGACUGGAAUUUCCUGGAAUCUUUCUACUUCUGUUUCAUUUCCCUCAGCACCAUCGGCCUCGGAGACUAUGUGCCUGGAGAGGCCUUCAACCAGAAGUUUCGCGAGCUUUACAAAUUGGGCAUUACAGUCUAUCUCCUCCUGGGUCUCAUUGCCAUGCUGGUGGUUCUGGAGACGUUCUGUGAGUUGCAGCAGCUGAAGCAGCUGAGGAAGAUGUUCUAUCUGAAGAAGGAGAAGCCUCAGGACCGACUGGCUAUACUGGAGCAAGACCACCUGACCUUCACCGCCAUGACUGACCACGUCGUCACACCUCAGGAGGAGAAAACCGAGCCCUUUGUGGAUGUCCCUGUCCUGACCUCUCCUGGAGGAGACGAUCCUAUGAUCAGAUAA